AGAGAGGAGUCCCAUGGCAACGCCGCCACCUCCGCGUCGACGGGCUGCCGACGCUACAUUGGAGCACCGCGCAUCGCUGCCGCGGCUGCAGUGGAGCUCCGCCGCGCUGGUGUUGCGGCUUCACCGGGGGAUGCAAUGGUGUCCGCCGGUGCUGCAAACGACGAAGCACGCGCAUCGCCGUCGCAUGUUCAUCCGCCCGUCCCUGCCAUGUGCUUCACCACAGCAACCCCAUCGGCGUCUCACUGCGUUGGAGCACCGCCGUGCGCGGUGGCAGCACUGCAUUGACGCUUCGUCGGACGCCAUCGUGGUGCUGCCAUGAAGCUCGUGGCAC